AUGGGUGUCGCUGGCCUGUGGGAUAUUCUGCGCCCUGCGGGCGAGACGCGUUCGCUCACGCAUCUUGCCGUUGUCGACGGGUUCGAAGCCAAUCCCGAUGGCGUGCGUGGCUUUCGCGUUGGUAUCGACGCAAGCAUUUGGUUCUACCACGCAACUUACGGAAGAGAAGGCGAGAAUCCCGAGCUUAGAACGCUAUUUUUCAAAUGCACUCGGCUUAUGAGCGCGCCGUUCCUGCCCCUAUUCGUCUUCGACGGCCCCAACCGUCCCGCCGUCAAGCGAGGUAAACGCAUAAGCGGCAAGAAUCACUGGAUGGUUCAAGGAAUGCAGAACAUCAUCGACGCUUUCGGCUUUGAAUGGCGAAUGGCUCCCGGUGAAGCCGAAGCCGAACUGGCGUACUUGAACCGCAUCGGGGUCAUCGAUGCCGUGUACACAGAUGAUGUGGACACAUUCUUGUUUGGUGCCAAGAUGAUUGUGCGCAACCCAAGUAUUACCCUCAGUGGAAACCGGGCGCACUCUCUCAAGAAUAGUGCUGGGCGCGAAGAUGGAAACCAUGUAGCCACUUACACCUCGGAGAACCUCUUGAAACAUCCUUCUGUUCAACUAACACAGGGCGGCUUGAUCCUCAUUGGGAUCCUCCGAGGCGGAGAUUACCACCAGGCAGGUCUCACUGGCUGUGGUGCCACUACCGCGCAUGGCUUAGCCAAAUGCGGGUUCGGCGACACACUCUUGCACGCCGCACGCACCCUCCCACGAGAAGAAUUUCCCGAAUUCCUCGACAUUUGGCGUAAUAACCUCCGCACAGAGUUGCGAACAAAUUCGCAAGGGCACAUCGGGCGCAAGAACCCCUCUCUGGCAAAGUCGAUACCUGACGACUUCCCGAACAUGGAGGUAUUGCUCAGCUAUACAAACCCGGUGACGACAGAGGCGAAAGGUGUAAAGUCGAAAAACCUGACCAUCAACUGGGAGAAGGAGCCUGACCUCGGCAAGAUUGCAGAGCUGUGCGAGCUCUACUUCGAAUGGGGCGUAAAGGAAAUCAUCAUUAAGCGAUUCAGGACAGUUCUUUGGCCCGCGGCGGUGCUUCGUAUUCUCAGGCGCGGAGCCCUUGUGAAGGAUAAAUACGCUGACAAACUCCCCAAUUCGCAUAACGGCAUUCCAGUCACGCCAAGAAAAAGCGGACGGGAACGUAGAAUGCCUGGCACUCCUUCGUCGAUGAUUGCGAAACACUUCUCCUCAAUGCACCUCAACACCCCGCGGCGUGACCCGGCUCUUGAUUCCGACGAGGAGGAGGAUGGUGAACAACUCAUUGUGAAGAUUCACUCAUCUCGCGAGCACGCGUCGACUGACGGUAUCUUGGAGUAUCGCCUAGAGGUUUCCCCUUCUCAGCUCGUCCGUUUGUGCGAAGCCGGGGUCAAGGGGCUGCGGAAAGAGGUAAUUAAUGGCCUCGAUGAUACAGAUGAUGAGGGCGACGAUGACGAUGAAGACGGAGGAAAGGGGAGCAAGAGAGGAAAGAAGCCACCACCGGAUCCGCAAAGCCACCUGCGCAUAUGGCUACCCGCAUGCAUGGUCCGCAUCGUAGAGCCUGAGCUUGUUGACGAGUUUGAAGGGGUUCAAGAGAUGCGAAAAGCGAAGAAAACAGCAAAGGGAACAAGUGCUGUGCGCGGUAGAAAAGCUAAGACUGCUGGCGCAGUUGUCACAAAGGGGAGAAAUAGCCGAAAACCCCACAGCCUCGUUGAAAGUGAGGAGCAAGAUUCAGACGGUUCUAUUUCACCUACGCCCAAGAAACCCACGUUGAAGAAGCCGUCCAAGACCGCAAGUCAUUGUGAGGUGCAGGAGGGAUUCUUCACGACGGGCAAGAGUUCAUCGGGAGGGAAAAUGCAGACCAAAGCAGGCUUGAACGCCCGCAAGGACCCAUCGUGCCAGCAGCAAGCAUUCUCGAGAAAUGUUCGCGCCAAUCCCAACAAGGCAUCGAAUUUCAUCGUCGAUAGGAUGAGGUACCGAAGCCUCGGUUCAUUCCGGCGCCUUUCCCGAUAUCUCUCGCCGACGAUCCAAGGCAAGGAACAUCUUCCUCUGACCAAGGCCAUCAUUCUGAGCGCAGUCGGCACCGACCUCUGUUAA